CUUGAACAUUAUAGAAUAAAAUGAAAAAAUGAAACUUUUGUUCAGUUGAAAACUGACCCUGUUACCUCCCCCUUACUCCAGAGAAAAAAUGUGAGAAUUGAUCCAAGGAUGAAUCUAGAAGUUUAAACAAUGCUGGGCUCUCAUGGAAUUGUUUAGAUCUUCUCUUCUUCUUCUACCUCUCCUCUCCUCUAACCUAGGCUGGAGAGACAAAGGAGAGAACACAGUAGAGACUCAAGUCCCUAUGUACGUAAUCGAGGGUCAGAGUGUACACAUGUACUGUAUUUUCACACACAAAUCAUUCUACACGCUGAAGUGGUUCAUGAACGAUACUGAAAUAUACAGACUAACCCCAGAAGCAUAUCAAAGAGAGAAUCAAAGGAUGAUAUUCAAUCAGAAAAUGGUUCAAGUAUUGGCCAAAGGAUGGAAGGGGCUUUAUGGAUGGAAGGGAGCGGGGAGUGAUCGAGAAGUUAUGAAAGGAAAUCUAGACAUUGUACUUGUAGGGAUGUUGAUGAAACUUUAUUCGACAGAAUGA